AUGGCCAAGGAAACGAAAGAACGAAAGCCGUCUUUGGUUGAUUUAUACCGCGAACUUCUUCAAGAACCCGAAUGCUUCCCCAAUUUGUCAAAAAUUAUUAAGAUUGCUCUUACUCUCCCUUUGACAUCAGCAUCUGCUGAGAGAUCAUUUUCCAGGCUGAAAAUAAUAAAAAAUCGCCUGAGGUCGACGAUAAGGCAAGAUCGACUAGAAUUGCUGAUGCUCAUGUCCGUGGAAUCUGACAUUUGUCGGGGCCUCGACAUCGAAGGACUCGUUGAACGAUUUACCGACGCAGCUCCCCGAAGAUGGAACUUGUACUAAAUAUGUAUUAUAACAUUAAAUUCUUCAUUUCAUUCUUGGUUUUAUUAAAAAUACAUUUGAUUCAUAUAUUGUAUGGAAAUCAAUUAUGUUCCGAUCUACUAAAAAAGUGAUUUAUUAAAACCUUUAUGUUUCUCUUAAAGUGCCUCCAAAACGCAGGAAAUGCGGUUUUAGACACCACACCCAAAAUUCAAAAUAGGCUCGUGCCUUUGGCACUCGAAUUAUUUGCUCCCCCAAAAAUAAAUCCUGCCGGCGCCACUGAAAAUAGCUUGAUAUCGAGGCAAACAGUGUAGGGGGGGGGACUGAAUAGGUUUUCGGAUCGUCGGAUUCCACCGAAAAAAAUUGUUCGGAUUUCAGAUUUGGCGAAUAUUUUACACGGAUUUGCAGAUUUAUCUAACAUUUUGGCUCGGAUUGUGGAUUUUGCCUGCAAUUUAGUAGAGCUUUUAGCAGAUCCAAAUUUAGACAAGACCAUUGUCGGACGGCGGGUUUUGCUUCAAAUUUGGCCAGAUCGGCGGAUUUGUACACCCCUAUUCACCCCCCCCCCCCCUUACGGGGACAUUUCAAGCUCCAGAUGAACAAAAAUCAAAAUAAAGGUUUGAUGACCUUUGAUGAGUGUUCCAACUAUGUUUAAACUUUAUAAACAGAAUACAUGAUAGUGUUGGGAAAGCACUAAGAAUAGCUAUUACCAAGAAUAGCUAUUACCAAAUCUCAAUUUCGCGUUUAUCAUAUUAAUUCCAGGGCAUUUUUUAACUAUAUAACUGGGGGGGCCAAAGCCCCCCCAGCCCCCAUGGUGGCCCCCCCACUCAACCAUUUUGGCCCCCCCAGUCAAAGUCCCUUUUCUCUAAAAUAUAAGCAAAACAUGGAAUUUAGAAGGGAAGUUUGAUAUUCUAGUAACUGAAAUUUGCUUUGUGAAUCUUAUGUCCUGUCUUUUAUGUUUAAUAAAUACCUUAGAUUUUAAAACAUUUCCCAGGCAGUGGAUUGCAUUUCCCAGACCCUAUUGAUUUGAGUUGUUGGACAAGUUAGUGACCGCAGGGGGCAACAGGCCCUCAACCAAGUGUUUUAUAAGGGGGGGAUAAUUUUGGCCCCCCACCAAAAAAAAACAAUUUGAUUUCGAAACUAGAAGUAUUUGAAAUCAUAUAUACAUAUAAUCAAAUAUCUGUAAUCGAUAUUUUGAUAACAUUUCUCGUAAUAAUCCAUCAUGACUCGCAGAUAUCAUAGACUCGCAAAUCAUAAUGAACGAAUUAAUGAAAGGGCCUAACAACAGACGUAUACAAGACUUUGAAAAUGCCAUUUCCGACGAUUUAGAGACGCAAAAUUUUCAAAUUUUUUUUGCUCUGUGCCAACCAUGGUGGCGCUUCGUGGGAGUCGGGAACUCUAAGUUUAUCAAGCUGGCUCCCUAAGUAACGGCCAAGUUGUGGUAUCUACAUAAACAUACUAUGAAGUACUUAACUGAAGGUUCAGUCUAUCUACAGCAUAAUGUUGUAAUGCUGUAUAUCCAAAAAUUUGUUUCAGAGAAUGCAGGGAAUUGCAGUCAUAGGGGUAGAAAAAUACAAAAAUUUUCUGGGAGAGAAAACCCCAGACCCUCUCCAGGGUAUAUUAUCCAAUAUAUCGUUAAUUAAAUACACCUUCGCCCAUUUAGUACUACUGAAUUCUAAAUUUCCACUACUAAAAACGCUGUUUUCUGACAAUCAGAAAUCUGUCAAAUCUUCUCCAAAGUCCAGGAAAUGGCAUUUCAGAGACUCUAAAUUUAAAAAUUUCCUCGGGCCUUCGGCCCUCGCUUUCAGGCCCCCCGAACGAAAAGAACUUCCUACGGCCCUGCUCUCCCCCCCCCCCUACUAUUAAAUGCGAUACCACACCAAACUUUUUGUUACCAACAAACCAUCUAUCAUUGCUCCACACUCGGUAUAGUAUGGUCCCUUUUUGUAGAUGGCCCCCCCACUGAUGAAUUCUUAAAAAAUGCCCUGCCGCUGACCGAUUUCUAAUGUAAUUUGAUCACAAAUUUAGGAGGCUAAAACACAUCGGGAGAGAGAACUGAAGAAAGCAGAAGAAGAUUUAAAUAAAAUAAAGAAAAAGGCCGAAGACUCCAGUAAGGAUAUGAAAGAUAAGGAACAGGUAAGUGCCAGUUUCAUUUGGCCUAACAAAAAAUCCCGUGGUUUCGGUUUCGUAUCCCAAAAAACAAGAGUAGGUACAUGUAGGUUGGAUAAACAUUUUUUAGGAAGAUUUUUUUCUCGACAUUGGUCAGGAAUGGCCAGCAAUGGCCAUAAAUGUG